UGACUACGAACCCAUAUAUUCCCAACGCAAUCCUUCUUCUUAAAUCAAAAUUUCCAUUUUACCCUCACUAAUGGCUUCACGUUACCAAGUUGAAGUGAUCAUCUCCUCCGCCAAAGACCUUAAAAACGUCAACUGGCGCUACGGCCCAAUCAGGUCAUACGCCGUCGUUUGGGUUGACCCUCACUACAAGUCCUCCACCAAGGUUGAUGAAGAAGGCGACACCUCUCCCUACUGGGAUGAGCGCCUCACCAUCCCUUUACCCGGCCCCGUUGACGGCGAAACCGUGCUCUUCGUCGACAUAGUCCACGCCGGCGACGAGGAGGAUACCAAGAAGCUCAUCGGCUCCGCUCGCCUUAAGCUGAAAGAAGUUCUCGAUGAAUGCGGCCCCGGCGAGCGUGCUACCCGGACUUUGACUCUCCGGCGACCGUCCGGUAGGCCUCACGGAAAAGUUGAUGUUAAGGUCACAAUUAUUGAUCCCCGCUAUGCUCCGCGAGAUACGUAUUACGCACCUCCUUACGGUGUGGGGUCUAGAGACUACUCUGCUCCGCCGUCGUAUGGUUACUCCUACGCUCAACCACCGCCUCCACAGAAUCCAUACUAUUCAACUGUUCCACCGCCAACUGGUUAUCCCUACGGUGGGUACAACGCGCCACCACCACCCGCAACAACGUACGGUCAGGGGAGUGGAGGGUAUUAUGGACAACAGGAGGAGAAAAAGAGUAAGUUCGGUGGGAUGGGAACGGGAUUGGCUGUUGGAGCGGUGGCCGGAGCUCUUGGUGGCCUAGCAUUGGCUGAGGGGGCAGAUGCGCUGGAGGACCACAUAACUGAUGAGGUGGCGGAUAAAGUGGAAGAUGAUCUGGGUUAUGAUGAUGAAGAAUUCUAGAGUCCAAUGGCAGUGGCCAGUGGGUGGAUGGCGCUAUUUGUGGCCCUACUUAUCUUCACAUUUCUGGUUGGUUUUUCAUUAAAGUCACCGAUAAAUAAUUUUACACGAGUUUGAAUGUAUUUUUCAUAUUAUUUUGAAGUGAUAAUUAAUUUUAUAAUA